AUCUGGAGGAAAGCAAAGAGAGACGUGGUUACGCUCAAUGAAAAAAACGAAAAGUGCAGUGCCUAGAUGUAACGCUUGUUCACGGCUUCCAUGAAGAUGAAAACAAGUAAAAUUUUCGAAAAGUGACAAGUCCAUGUCCUCACCGCACCGCCUGCACCGGACCACGGUUCAUCAGCAUCUUCGAGAUUCCUUUUGAUACCCACUUCAGAAUCGGAAUGUGGCGGUUUGUGUCUUUUCUGGUGCUACUGGCUUGGCAUCUCGUAGUGCUGGCACGCAUACGCAAGACGGUGUCAGCGCCGCCUCCAGUGAUAGACCUGUCUACACAAGUCAACGACGAUUUCUCGGUCAGUAGAGCGUCCCUGCUGCAGGCGUCGCAUGGGAGACCGUCUGAGCACGGGCAUGGCGCUGGUCACGCUCACGCUACAACCUCCGACGCUAGCAGUGCCGUUCUGGCGGGACCGCUGAGUGAGAUUCUAAAUACAGGCGAGACGAUUUCGCUAGCACUCGGACAAGCGCUACUAGAGGCUUGUCGUGUUGCGAAAAAGCGUAAGCAAGAUGACGAAACUGCCGGAACGCCGAGCUCCCCUCCCUCGACCACUUCUCCUGAUGUUACACCUGUUCUGAAAGACGUAUCACAACUAUCAAGAAAAAUCCAGGAUGAAACGAAGCAAGCGGCAGAUGAAAACAAAUCAGACCCUUGCGCAGAGAUCGCGAGUGGCGUGGAACGUGCGCGCGGCACAACAAACCUGCGCAUUGCCGAAUGGGAGGGAGACACGCACGAAGUGCGAGCUACGAAAGUCGCUGCAGUCGAGGAGUCAUUUCAGAGCGCUUUGAAAAGUAUUUUAAGGCUGCUAAUACAUAGCAGUACUCUGAUUUUCAGUCUUAUGUAUGAAUGUGCAGCUGUGGAGUAUUCCUAUUGAAGAUGCGACUCAUUCGGAAGUAGAUGGUCCACCUCGUCGUCGUCAGCGUUAAAAAAGCUGGACGAGGUGAUGUUGAAGAAGUCAAGAUACCUAGAUUGAAGUGGGCUUUCUUGACGAGGAAAAGUGAUAUCACAAGUCGAGUUUCUAAUUCGUGCGGAAGUAGGACCCGUUAGUGCAAGCGAAGUGCGAACGCGAUUCCUCAAUUACGCGAAGGACUCUUUGGACGGCCUUUUUCCAGAUGUCGGAGUCGUUUACGAGAAUUACGUGGAUGAGCACAUGAUGAUGCUUCUCCGAGAGCACAAAAACGCCAAGUCGGCACCUGGUGAACGUGAAGAACAUGAAGGUAAAAAAGAUCAUCAUCUUGUUGCUGCGGGCAGGGGUAUGUGCACGUCUAGUACUUUGAUUUCUUAUUUUAUACGAACAAUACCCACAGAGUAACAAACUAAUAUUAAUAGGUAGUUUUAACUCCCUUUGACUCUUCUUUUUUUUGGGUUCAAUCCAUGUGGCUGCUGGCACGCACCCAUGACUUGGAAAAACAAGCGUAGCGUUCGUGAAGCCUAGAUUUUGAUUGCAUUGCUCCCAAAUGUGUUUAAGAAAUACCUGCUCUAAUGAUGCGUCCACUUCUACUUUCUUUUCUUUACGCCGAACGACCUGGGUGAAGCUACUCUUGAUGGUACUCAUCUUGUCUCUGACGGUGGUGCUUCAAUAUGUUCACAACAACAUCCAUCAUGAGCAUGCUGGUGGCCACGAACAUCAUCACCGGACAUCGCGUCUGAGUGACGUCUCGUCAAUCGGCGGAGAGGCGAUGAGGCGGACGACAAAGGAGAUGAGCACACUGCUCCUUUUGUUUAUGGGUGAAUGUUAAGUCAUGCAAUCCUCACCCUAGAUGCUCGUGAUGGAUAGUUACAGUACAACAGCGUUCGUCGUUUACUCUUGACCUCUCCUAUUUCGCAGCCAUUGAUACGGUCGUAAAGUGUCUUGGGAGUAGGAGAGAUGUGGAGACUGGCGCUGUGUACAUGCCCAUCAAUCACGUAAGGAGUGAAUCAAGGAGAAUGAAGAGCACCGGUUCAUCAUCAGGAUCCGUCUGAUUAUGAGGAUCCUUUAUCUCGAUCUGUCUGGUUACUUCUACUGUCCUUCAUUCCCCCUGCCAGUGAUGAGAUAACUUCCGAGGCUGAUGAAGCGGACAACGCUCUGACAAGAGGAACAAGAACGUCGACGGGGGCGCCGGACAAAAAGGCCGGGCGUUGGACGAGAAGUCAAGAGAAGUACGUGGAGCGCCAUUUCUCUUACUCGCGACCAGUUUCGCUUUCUGCGACGAGCGAUAUCGUUAUGUUCACAAAACGAGGUUUUUCUUCCAAGUGAAAGUAAUAUAUAGUAAAUACUAGUAGUACAAGUAGAAGUAAGCUCAUUUGCAUGUUGAUUUUCAGAUUUUUAUGCACAUGAAAAGACGUUCGCGGUCGGCGUAAGUAGUUCACUCAAGAUACAAUGAACGGCACAGACGUCUGCGAGUGUGGACCGCAUACAAUUUCUAUGUAUAUUUAUUGUUAUCGGCUUUAUUGUUUUAACCUAUUGAUAUGUUUCACUUGCUAAUAAUCCUGACGUCGAGGUGGCGAGGACCUCGCGAAGCAGCAACAACAACAUGAGACACAACAGAAGGCACACCUCAGGAGCGGAAAGAAGGACGUCACUGGAGACAAUCGCGGAGUUGGAUAUUGACGCCACAAUGGGCGGGUCUUUGGGUAACAGAACGGUAUCCGCCGAAGGCGAGGCAGAGCCUCAACCUGACGUCAAAGAAUCGGACGGUAGACGGUCUAACGUAGGCCCGCUCGCAGUUCUGAUGCGCUCUUCUUUUCAGGUCAACGCGCUCCGCAGAAACAGAAUUUUGAGUGGGACGAGGGCGGUCCCAACGAGGUUGUAACGGGUCGAAAUCAUGACGACAGAAAACCGAAUCGUGUUGACUAUGAAGGUUCACUUCUAUCCUCUGCUGCUGGUAAGCAAUAGGAAUCUUAUCUAUCACUACCACAAUUCUUAGGGAUGACCUCUUGGCCGAAUGAGCAUACAACUUGAGUACCGAGACGUGUGCCGCUACUCCCCUCAUGUCUUCAUUACGAUUACU